CGAUGCCCUGGGGUACGCGACGUUUUGUUUUUGUUUCUGUCCGGUGACAUUUCACGGUUAUGGUGCGUUAAACCGGUAAUUGGUCAAAAUGGAUGUUAGGCCCUUCUUUGGGAGCUAUCAGUUUCAAGGCCAAGGAAGGGUCAACCAACUGGGUGGAGUAUUUAUAAACGGUAGACCGCUUCCCAACCACAUCCGUCUAAAAAUCGUAGAAAUGGCUGCCGCAGGAGUUCGCCCGUGCGUAAUUUCGAGACAACUCAAAGUGUCACAUGGGUGCGUGUCCAAAAUCCUCAAUCGUUACCAAGAAACGGGCAGCAUUCGACCAGGUGUAAUUGGAGGUUCUAAGCCUAGGGUGGCCAGCAAAGACGUCGAGGAACGCAUCGAACAAAUGAAGAAAGAGCAGCCGGGAAUAUUUUCUUGCGAAGUUAGGGAGAGGCUUCUAAAGGAAGGCAUCGUAGAUCCGCCCAGCAUUUCAUCGAUAAGCAGAUUACUUCGGGGAGGGAGUAGGAGAGAGCAAGACGCGGACAGCAAGAAAGAUUACACAAUAGACGGCAUCCUCGGCGGCAGAGAGGACUUUAGCGAGACGGAAUCUGAGCCGGGAAUUCCUCUGAAGCGCAAACAAAGACGUUCCCGGACUACGUUCUCUGGGGAGCAGUUGGAGGCCCUGGAGCAAGCUUUUAGACGGACGCGGUAUCCGGAUGUUUACACUAGGGAGGAGUUGGCACAACAGACGGGGCUUACGGAAGCCCGAAUACAAGUAUGGUUUUCAAACCGGCGAGCUCGUCUGCGAAAAAGUGCGGGAAAUUCAAACACAUUAGCAUUUUCGGAAUUCCCUCUGGCUAACAUGACCUGCCAGUACACUUCGGAUGCUCAGUACGAUUGGAGAAACGCACAGUUUGUUAACUACAAUAUGUUUCAGCAACCCACGUCGUAUAAUCAAGACUAUAGUCGGACAGACUAUACGGCUAAUUUUGCCGCAAAUUAUGCAUUCGCCCAGGCGCAGAUCAACCGAAUGAAGGACCAGAAUAGUGCAAUCAUUAAAGAAGACGAUCUGAGCAACCACGCGGCGUCUGUUAGUGCACCGCAAGCUCACACUCAGAGUCAGGCUCAGACGCAUCCCUGGGCGAAACACGACGAAUGGAGUCAACAGAUGGCGUCGGCGAUGCAAGAUGGCGGGUUUAGUGGCAAUGACAGUUUCGUUCACGGUCAGUAUGUGCCUGGCGGUCACAAAAAUUACUGGAAUUGA